GAGAUGCCUCAGUUGAUGCCCGCAGGGACCCUGGCCCUUCCUGGCUGCCCCUGUCGGCGGCCUCUGUCUGGCGAGAGGGACUGGCCCCGUGUCCGGCCUGGGUUGCCCCAGAGGAGUCGGACCCAGCAUAAACUGUGGCCCCGCCUCCCUUUUCUGUGCCAUCAGGACUCGGAGCAAAGGACACCUAGGUCCUGGCUUCUCUCUGAUGGGGAGAGGGUGUUCCACCUGGAUGGACAGUAUGAGCCGAGGCUCUAGGGUUCCAAUUUCACUUUCUGAAUCUUGAGGUGCAUCUGGCCUUGAGGGGACUAUGAUGGAGGCACAAACGGAGAGCUGCUCCCCUAUGGAUCAGUCAAGGAAUUGAGGUCACACUAAUGGCCCUUCUUUCUAUUUGGGCUGCAUUUGGAGGUAUUGUAGGGAUAGCUCUGUAGCUGAACACGGCAAGACUCCGGGGAAACAUCAGGCUGCUCCAGCGGAUCCCUCUGCCUGAGCCCCACCCCUCCCUAAAUGUAGCCUAGGUAGCUGGCAGGCUUGGACUUCGCGUGCUGGGUUUAAAAGUCCUGGUCAGCUGAGUGUGGAAACAGAGGGAUUUCUGCUGCUCUCAUCGUCCAUGGGCUUUCCAGGUCACACAACCUACAAGUAGGGAGCAGGAACAGAGAGAGAGAGCCUGCAUGCCAAUUCCAAGCUCUUCAGGAUCAAAAAUGGCAGCCUGUGGAGGCACCUGCAAGAACAAAGUGACUGUCUCCAAGCCUGUGUGGGACUUCCUCAGCAAGGAGACCCCCGCCCGGCUGGCCCGGCUUCGGGAGGAGCACCGUGUGUCCAUUCUCAUAGACGGCGAGACUUCUGACAUCUAUGUCCUCCAGCUUUCCCCCCAGGGCCCUCCCCCAGCCCCUCCCAAUGGGCUCUACCUGGCCCGGAAGGCUCUCAAGGGGCUGCUCAAAGAGGCAGAGAAAGAGCUGAAGAAAGCUCAGAGGCAGGGGGAGCUUAUGGGCUGCCUGGCUUUGGGGGGUGGAGGGGAGCACCCUGAGCUGCACCGCCCAGGCCCGCCCCCUCUCCGAGCAGCCCCACUCCUGCCCCCAGGCGCACGGGGGCUGCCCCCCCCUCCUCCUCCCCUGCCCCCUCCUCUUCCCCCCCGCCUUCGGGAGGAGGCAGAAGAGCAGGAGAGCACCUGCCCCAUCUGUCUGGGGGAGAUCCAGAAUGCCAAGACAUUGGAGAAGUGCCGGCACUCGUUCUGCGAGGGCUGCAUCACCCGGGCCCUGCAGGUGAAAAAGGCCUGCCCCAUGUGUGGCCGCUUCUAUGGGCAGCUGGUGGGCAACCAGCCCCAGAAUGGGCGGAUGCUGGUCUCUAAGGAUGCCACACUCCUACUACCCAGCUAUGAGAAGUACGGCACCAUCGUCAUCCAGUACGUCUUCCCGCCCGGUGUCCAGGGGGCUGAACACCCAAACCCAGGAGUUCGGUAUCCUGGCACCACACGGGUGGCCUACCUCCCGGACUGCCCUGAGGGCAACAAGGUGCUGACCCUGUUCCGCAAGGCAUUUGACCAGCGUCUCACCUUCACUAUCGGCACGUCCAUGACCACAGGGAGACCGAAUGUCAUCACCUGGAACGACAUCCACCACAAGACCAGCUGCACAGGGGGACCACAGCUGUUUGGGUACCCGGACCCCACCUACCUGACCCGGGUGCAAGAGGAGCUGAGAGCCAAGGGCAUCACCGAUGACUGAAGGACAUCCCCUUUGGGAGGCCCCUGCUGUUCUCCUUCAGUAGGACCCAGUGGGAGCCUCUGUUGUCUCUCCCUCUGCCCCCCUCAUCACUCAAGUAGGGGACUGUCUGACUGGGGAAGGGGUUCAGAGAAGGAGGGGCGAUCCCUUCCCCAGUCCCCCACAGGCUGAGUGCUUCAGUGCAGUGUGAGCCACUCCCUUCUGGCAGAGUCUGAUGUCCCAGGCUCUGCUCCCCUCCUCCCCAUGUACAUACUCCCAGUCUUCCUGCCCCCUCCAUUGCCCUUGGCUUUUUCUGGUUUGUGAUGUGCUCCAGUGACUAAGCUGAGAAAGGACCUGGGUGGGGAGGAGAGGGUCUCUUGAUUCCCCCCCCCCCCAUACUGCUCCACUGCUGAAUUUCUGCGCUGGGAGAGGGGUCAGGCUGCUGUGAGCCCCCGUAGAGCCGGCCACGUGUGUUCUUCAGAAACAAUUCCCCUUCUCCCUUAACCUUGUCCUUUCUCUCCUGUGUCUCUGUCUUUGUCAGUCUUUCUCCCACUCUUCUCUGCCCCCUAGAAGGAGCCUCCUUACCCUGUUCUGGAAUCGCCGCCAGACUGUAGCUUUUAAUUUAAUAAAAAUAAAGUAAAAUAUGCAACUCUC